AUGGCAACUGAAGCCACUUCUGAGAACUUCGCGACGCCAUCUAUAACUCCUGAUCAUGAGCUGAACACUACUGAAACCAAGAGUCAAGAUGUCCCCUCCGAACAAACUCCCUCUAUAGAUGGAACCACUACCGACAAAGAUGGAAGUAAACAAUAUCCGGAUCUUCUCGAACCCAACAAUAUCUCGGCGGAGGUCAGUAUUAAUGGAGGAUCAGAUACUGAAGCUACGAAAGCGGAAACCUCGAAAAUUGGUGACGAAAAAGGUGGUCAUGGUCGGUCGACCUCGGCCGUCAAAAAACCAGUCCCUUCUUUCAAGGCAGUUUCAGUAAAUAAGACAUUUUUGGCAUCGAAAGCUUCCACCGCUGUGGCACCAACGAAGGUCGGAGAAAAAGGUGCGACAGUGUCUACUACCGCGCCAACAACUUUGACAACUUCAACAUCAACUACACCGAAACCUAGGUUAGUCGCAAAAUCAGGUACUGGUCUUCGUGACUCAACACCACGAGCUUCAACUACGGCGAAUGGCGGAAAACCUGGUGGUGCCCCUGAUGCGAGCGCCGUGUGGAACAAAAACAGACCUGCGGCACCGCCAGAGCCAAAACGAUUUACGGACGAAGAACUCAAGCAACGUUAUGGUAUUCAUUUAGCGACUAGAUUACAAGCCGACGACCCUGGCAAACAAGCAAAUUGGGCAGAUAUCGAUGAUGACGAUGAUGAUUGGGCACCUGAAUCAAUUGAGUGGACUGAUGGGACGAAAAUUACUCUACCACAUGCCGAUGAUGCACCUCCUCCACCCCCCGAACCUGUGCCAGAGCCUGCGCCGGUUGCAAAAGAAAUCAAAAAAGUAGAGCCCGUGCCAAAACCAUCUAAGUCACCGGCACCUCAAGUGAUAGCUGCUCCCGCUCCUCGACUAGGGUCCGGAAAAGCUGGUUUGAUUCUCAAGGGUGCUCCUGAAAAGCCUACCCUCGUAGCAAAACCACCUGGACCUCCGACACCUGUAAAAUCUCCAUGGGCUCAGCUUCCGCCAGUUGAAAAAGUGGCUCCUGUCGCAAUUGAUGUUCCACAACAACCUCCGCAACAACCUCAACAAAGUCGAUUUAAUCAACGAGACCCUCAUGGAUUUUCUGGUAUGCCACAAGCCGCGAAAGAAAUUGCUGCGGAUGAUUUCAGUCGAACUUGGAGAGAUGGAAAUGCAAAUGCUAGCAGGGAGCUCUAUAAUUCUCAAUCUGGUAGAUAUGAACCGGUUAAUGAGGCUCGACGUGGGGUAUCUAGAUCAGAUGGACAAUCUCGUGGCCCCGCAGUUCUUCAACGACCACCGCAUCAAGACAUACCUGCAGAACCAUCUGCUGCUUUCCAAACUCACCAUACUAGCGCGCAACAAGGAAAUUAUGGACGCCGUCGCACUUCGUCUAAUGUUAGUGGGGGAAGUGGAAAUUUUGCUAGACGUAUGAGUCGUGGUCAUGAUAUGCCACCACCGAACGAUAUGUUGAAUGCACGCAGAGGCUCUUUAGCAGCUGUAAGUGAUGCACCCUCUUCACCUCGAAAUUUCUCUCCAUCUGGUCAAAGUUUUUCAAAUCAACAACAUCAGCAACGAGGUUAUCAAAAUCAAAACCAGCCAUGGCAAUCCAGAGCAUCGCCAGUUGUCAGUCAUCCAUCUCCUCAUUCUGCUUAUGGACAACUUGCUCCAGGACCGAGUGAUAUGCACAUGCAUGGUCAGGCCCCACCACAAGGUCCACCAAUGGGUUCGGCACCGAAAGAAGAUGUUCUUGAAGAACAAAAGAAUAUCAUGAGACGAACACGUGAACUCGCUAUUAAGAGAAGACAAGAGGCAGAAGCAAAAGAAGAGGCCGAGAGAAAGGAGCGUAUUCGUAUUAAGCUUGAAGCCAUGGGCCCACCUCCAGAAAAGAAGAAGGUUAAGGACGAGAUGGCCAAAGAAGACAAUGUCCCUACAUCAAUUCAAGCCCGUGAAGUCAAUCCUAUUCCUCCUACCAAAUCGGCGGAAACAUCCAAUGAUGCACAUGCACCAAAAUCAGAAGUCAUAAAUGAAAAUAUCAAUGCAAGGCACAUUGAAGGAAAUGUUCCUGGCCCUGAGUUGCGAUCAAAUGGUGUCUACCAACCCAAUGCUCCAGUGCCUUCACAGCAAGUUGUGCCUGAUAAUCGAAAUUCACAGUCAUGGCAGAGAAAUUCAUCUUCGAAUUAUCCUACCGAAAGAUUCACUUCAUGGUCGGCUGCGCCCCCACCACCACAAAAUUCAUCUUCAAGAAUUUGGGGACCUCCCACAAACGAGAAAACAAUUGGAAAUGGUACUUUCAAUCCAGAAUUGAACAGGCUUCCAGAGAUGUCCCGUCAAUCACUCUCAGAUAUGUCUCAUCCAUCUGCUCAUCCAGGACCAAUUGGACCACCAAAUGCAAACCGUGGUAAUGGUACUUAUCAGGCAAAUCGUGGUCGUGACCAAUAUAAUUCCAGACCACCUCCGAUUGGACCUCCAUCGGCGAAUAGAGCACCGCAACCACCAAGAUCAUAUGAAGAGGAGCAACGAAAAGCUCUGGCUAGAUCGGUUUGGGGUGGUGUAGCAGAAAGAAUUUCCCAAGAGGAUGUAAUUCUUCACCAACAACAUCAAGAGGAAAUGGAGCGCAAGCGUGAAAUGGAGGCAGCCGGUAUUGUGGAGGAACUUCAUCAGCCUGUCUACGAAGAUACCUGGAAGCAAGUUACAUUGAACGAGGACGGAACAAGAAGCAAGACAAAGAAUAUUUCUACUGCUUUAGUUGAUGGAAGGCCGUCAACGUCCUCGGUUUUGGCAGAAAAUACUUCUCGUGGAAAUGCUCGACCACAAUACAACGACAGCAAUGCAUGGCCAUCAGGUGUAGAAGGAAACGCAUCACACCGAGAGUCGAAAUUCUUCCCAAAUCAUAACCGCGAUGUUCGUCUUGAGGAGAUGAAUGGCCAUGGUUUUGAACGAUCAUCAUCGCCAUCCCCACCUCCACCUACCAUGGCUGGUCAUCCGGCUUAUGAUAGCGAGUUCGCACGUCCACAUGUUGCUUUACCACCACCAUUGCCCGUGGUUAGAUUGCCGCCUCCAACUAUCGUUCAACCAAUUGCUCCUCCUCGACCAACGUCCUUUGCAGCUGCAGCCGCAGCUCCAGCUGUUCCUGCAAUCAGUCAAAUUCCUGGGUUAGCAGCUCGUCAAGGGCUUGUGCGAACUGGGUCAACUACUUAUGAUAUUCGUAGAGGUCCCGCUCCAUCAACUCAAACAGGGGAAUGGAAGGAAAAGAUUGAUCAGUUGUUCGGCAAGAAAUCCCCACCAAGAACUCAUGCACUUGCUGUCGAUUCUUCUAGCAGACGUGCAUUUGAUCAUUCAUCAGAGUCGCAAGCUUCUGCUACUGUUUCUCUCCCAGGCUCCAUCAAUGAGAACUCGAAUGAUGAAGAAUCAUUUGACACGAAACCAGCGGCAGAAGAAUGUUUUGAGGAACAAGAGAUGGGUUCAGUACCCGUUAUGAAAUUUCCACAAACGAUACCACCAAACGCCUUUCAACCUGCUGCAGCUCCUAAAAGCCUGCAUCGAAGAUUCCUCAUUUCUGAUGCCACAUCCGUUGAGCCAUUCCAGUUUCCAUUAGAGACCAGCAGUAAUUCCAAUCUUCUUGUCAUUAUGCUACCUGGCCAGGAAACAUCUAGGUCUGUUCCUCUUCCCACGUCUCGAAACAGAAGCAAUCCUAGACGUGGACGUGGUGGAUCACGACAACCCUCAUCAACUCAUCCAAGAGGCGGCCGUGGUGCAAGAGAUGCCAAUAAUGGCCCUGCAUCUGCUCCUCGUGAAACCCAAUCCCAAAAUUCAAGUAAUACUUCCGGCCGUGGUCGUGGUGGAAGAGGAUUUGGGAAUGGUACUAGCUGGAAUCGCCAUACCGCGACGCCAGUUCACACUUAA